UUUACUUACAUAAUGGGAAGUUUUUAACACUAUAGUUCUGUCACUGUUCAGUCGUGUCGUGAAAAUUUGUUUUUUGCACGCCGUAAGAGUUCAGAUAUCGAAAUGAUGAUGCAGCGCGCAACUCUGUUGGCUCCGUUAGCCUUGGAAGCAACAAUCCAAGCGCAACAACAGCGUGGUAUGGCCACAUUAAAAGCCAUCUCGAUACGACUGAAGUCUGUUAAGAAUAUACAAAAAAUUACGCAAUCCAUGAAAAUGGUAUCAGCUGCCAAGUACUCUCGCGCUGAGCGUGAUUUAAAAGCAGCUCGUCCAUAUGGAAUUGGUGCUCAACAGUUUUUCGAAAAAACCGAAAUUAAAGCCGAGGAAACAGCUGAACCUAAAAAACUACUAAUUGCCAUGACCUCAGAUCGUGGUCUCUGCGGUGCAGUACAUACUGGUGUUGCUCGUACAAUCCGAGGUGAGCUAGCCGUAGACGAUAAAAAUACCAUGUUAUUCUUGGUUGGUGAUAAAUCACGUUCAAUCUUGUCACGUAUCUAUGGCAAAAAUAUUCUUAUGGUUGCCAACGAAGUAGGACGUUUGCCACCAACUUUCUUGGAUGCAUCUCGUAUUGCAGCUGAGGUGCUUAAAACUGGUUAUGACUUCACUGAAGGCAAAAUAAUUUACAAUAAAUUUAAAUCGGUAGUGUCAUACCAGUGCUCUUCUAUGCCAAUCUAUAGCGCUCCAGUUGUAACGAAAUCAGAGAAGCUUACAGUUUACGAUUCACUUGAUUCUGAAGUCAUUCAAAGCUAUUUGGAAUUUUCAUUGGCAUCACUUUUAUUCUUUGCAAUGAAGGAAGGUGCUUGCUCAGAGCAAUCUUCACGUAUGACUGCCAUGGACAACGCGUCCAAGAAUGCUGGUGAAAUGAUUGAGAAACUUACACUUACAUUCAAUCGUACCAGACAAGCUGUCAUCACCCGUGAAUUGAUUGAAAUCAUCUCGGGUGCUGCCGCUUUAGCUUAAACAAAAUCCACUUGUAGCACUGCACAGAAGCAAAAUUGAAAAAGAUUUGUGUAAAACAUCAACGCUUCUAAACGUAAAGAUAAUUAUAAAUAUUAUUUAAAUCCAAGAAUAAAUUUGUUGUUCGUACAGUAAUAAUAAUAAUUUAGCGAAAAGGUGUAAUUCGAUUGAGGAACGAUUGUGCAUAUAAAACAAAUAAAUUCGAAAAUAAAUAACCAAUUAAAUAGGCUUUUCAA